AUGACGACGAUGAACAGCACGGCUACCACCGGCCCAGCAGCGGCCGCGGCUGCAGAACCAGCGUCUGCAUCUGCAGUGGCCUACAAGGACGGCGUGCUGACUGUCUCGGAGCAUCGCAUUCGCGAGGAUGAGAUUCUGUUCAUCGUACGCCACCAACAGAAUGCAAGCCAACCCAAAGAAUACCAUGUGUGCUGGCUGCGCGAGCCAGCAGCCCCCGCUGCGGGCACAGUGUCUACAUCAUCAAGCGACGACGCUCAACAACCGCCACCUCCUCCUCCUUUUGCCUUCCACACGACUGUGCUCGAUGAAUCAGCCGCACACAAGCUACCAGCCGACGUGCUGAGGCGGCACCUUCUGGCCGACAUUGCUCCUAUUUUCAGAGAGGACACUGCGGUCCCGUCUGCCUCUCCCUCUUCUUCCUCCUCGUCUCUGCACGUGAUCGUCUCGACACUGUCCGGGCUGGGCCAAGCGCAGGCGUUCUACGAUGAAGUCUUGAAGCCGCUGCUGGGCGUUUUCGGCCUCACGGCCGUCUCCGGCAGCGGCAGCGAAAAUGUCCCAGACGGCCAGAAAUCAUACAAUUUGCUCGUAACGAGCAGCUCUCGCUCCAUCGCGGAGUUUUCUCAGACGCUUCAAAAGCCGCCUGCGAGCGGCACGGAUGCACCACCUACGAUUGUUCUCCUGAGUGGAGAUGGCGGCGUUGUGGACUUGUUAAACGGUGUGGCCAUGCAGAGCGAUGACGUCGAUCCUCGGCAGCUCCCAGCUAUUGCCCUGCUGCCGCUCGGCACCGGAAAUGCGCUGUUCCACUCCCUACAUCGGCCGGACUACCUUGCUGCUGCUGCUUCCGCCGCUGCCACGGGGCCGUCGUCGUUUGUCCUUGGUCUGCGUUCUCUUGUCAAAGGCCGUGCCGCACCUCUUCCCAAUUUUGAAGCCCGUUUCUCUCCCGGUUCGCACACGGUCAGCUACUCGCUGCAGGAGGAGGCAGGCCAAGAGGCCGCGCUCAAGGAGCAGGCUGAGAACGUCGAGCUAUUGCGCGGCGCUAUCGUCGCCAGCUACGGCUUCCAUGCCCAACUUGUCUGGGAGAGCGAUACGCCCGAGUACCGCAAGCACGGCGACAAGCGCUUCGGCAUGGCCGCACAAGAGCUGCUCAAGACGUCGCAUGCCUACGAUGCGGAUGUCACUCUCACUGAGAUUGAUAAGGACGCACCGCGCAGUCUCGGCCAUCGCUUCAACUACAUCCUGGCGAGCAUGGUCUCCAACCUGGAAAAGACAUUUACCAUCUCGCCCGCGAGCGAGCCACUGGACGGCCAGCUCCGGCUGGUGCACUUUGGCGACGUCGGUGGUGCCAGGACCAUGGACAUUAUGAUGGCGGCCUACAACAACGGCGCUCACAUCGGCAUGAGCUGGACGAAAGAAGCCGAGGGCAAGGAUGCCAAUGGCGAGGUAAAGGCACAGACUGAGGAGAGCGUUGGAUAUGACGCCAUCGACGAGCUGCAGGUCGACGUGCUCGAGCAAGACGCACGCUGGCGGAAAGUAUGCAUCGACGGAACAAUCGUGGAAAUCCCACAAGGCGGGUGGAUGAAGGUGCGCAAGGCCUCGAAGCCUGUGCUUCAGAUCAUUAUCUUCAAACUGCUGCACGCCGCCGUCGAGCAGCGUCAACUUGCCCAUCCGCAAGCGAUAGACGAGCUUUCUUCCACCAGGCCCAUCCUCCCCUACUGCAUCGUCGUGGCCACUGCCGUCAUCGUCAGAUCCCGAGCCUGCCACAAUGUCAACCUCGCCUUCUAUGGCACCCCGCAUAAACCAACGGUCGUGCGACACGAGCACCACCGCGCCCGGCCACGUCCGCAGAGCUUGCCGCAGCGCUGUACUCGUCUCAUAAUCCAGUUGCCCGGCGGCAUCGCGCAUGAGAAGGCUGAGAGCCGUCAUUGGGGCUUCGUCUUGGUUGUCGAUGUCGAGUGCGCGGAUAGCAUCGACGGCAUCUUGUGCAUAGUACGCGAGACGAAGCCUCGGGUGCAUCGUCACGGUUCCCUUGGUUGGCUUGAGGCGGGCCUGGCCACCAGCACCGGCGCUGAUACUGUCUUCGCCCACAAGCAAGCGGAUGAGCGUCGAUUUUCCCGCUCCAUUAAGUCCUACAAUGCCGAUGCGGUCGCCCAUGUGUACGUUGAGGUUGACCGUGUCCAGCGUCCACGGUGGCGGUUCCUGGUUUCGUUUUACAACACCGUACCGGAAGCAGACAUUGUCUAA